CCCCCUCUCAUAGACACCCAUUUCCUCCUUUCUAGGUUCCCUGGACCUGGAGGACCCCCCCGGGGCCGAUGGGCCCCUGGGCCCAAUAUGGGACCCCCGGGGCCAAUGGGGGGCCCAAUGCAUCCCGACAUGCAUCCUGACAUGCACCCGGACAUGCACCCCGACAUGCACCCGGACAUGCACCCCGACAUGCCGAUGGGCCCUGGCAUGAACCCUGGCCCGCCCAUGGGACCUGGUGGCCCCCCAAUGAUGCCUUAUGGCCCUGGAGACUCCCCACAUUCUGGAAUGAUGCCCCCCAUCCCACCAGCCCAGAACUUCUAUGAAAACUUUUACCAGCAGCAGGAAGGCAUGGAGAUGGAGCCGGGACUCAUGGGGGACGCAGAGGACUACGGGCACUACGAAGAGCUGCCGGGGGAGCCUGGGGAGCACCUCUUCCCCGAGCACCCUCUGGAGCCCGACAGCUUCUCUGAGGGAGGGCCCGCAGGCCGGCCGAAGCCGGGCGCCGGUGUCCCCGACUUCCUGCCCUCGGCCCAGAGGGCCCUGUACCUGAGGAUCCAGCAGAAGCAGCAGGAGGAGGAGGAGAGAGCGAGGAGGCUGGCUGAGAGCAGCAAGCAGGACCGGGAGAAUGAGGAAGGUGACACUGGAAACUGGUACUCAAGUGACGAGGACGACGGUGGGAGCAGCGUCACCUCCAUCCUUAAGACCUUGAGGCAGCAGACGUCCAACCGACCCCAGGCUUCUGUCGGGGAGCUGAGCGGCAGUGGGCUGGGGGAUCCCCGCCUCCAGAAGGGACACCCCACCGGAGGCCGGCUGGCUGACCCCCGCCUCAGCCGGGACCCCAGGCUCACCCGCCACACGGAGGCCUCCAGCGGGUCAGGCCCCGGCGACACGGGGCCCUCCGACCCUCGGCUGGCUCGCUCCCUGCCUGCCCCUAAGCCCGAAGGCGGCCUUCAUUCCAGCCCCGCGGGCCCCAGCGGCUCCAAGGGGUCCGGGCCACCCCCUGCAGAGGAGGAGGAAGGGGAGCGGGCCCUGCGGGAGAAGGCCGUGAACAUUCCCCUGGACCCCCUUCCCGGGCACCCGCUGCGGGACCCGCGGUCGCAGCUGCAGCAGUUCAGCCACAUCAAGAAGGAUGUGACCCUGAGCAAGCCGAGCUUCGCCCGCACCGUGCUGUGGAACCCCGAGGACCUGAUCCCCCUGCCCAUCCCCAAGCAGGAUAUCGUGCCCCCCGUCCCUGCUGCCUUGCAGUCCAUGCCUGCCCUGGACCCCAGGCUGCAUCGGGCCUCCGCUGUGGGUCCCUCCAACCCCCGACAGCGCUCGGGCACCUCCACGGACCCCGGCUCAUCCGGCUCCAGCCUGCCUGACUUCGAGCUCCUCUCUCGAAUCCUCAAGACUGUCAGUGCCACUGGCCCCUCUGCUGCCCCCGGCCCCAGCGACAAGCCCAGCGACCCCCGGGUGCGGAAGGCGCCCACUGACCCUCGGCUGCAGAAAUCCGCAGACUCUGCUGCCUCCUCCCGCGCUGCCAAGCCUGGCUCUGCCGAAGCGCCCUCUCCAGCUGCCAGCCCCAGUGGGGAGUCCUCUCCCCCAGCCACCGCCCCUUAUGACCCCCGAGUCCUGGCGGCUGGUGGGCUGGGCCAGGGCAGUGGGAGCGGGCAGAGCAGUGUGCUGAGCGGCAUCAGUCUCUACGACCCCAGGACUCCCAAUGCAGGUGGUAAAGCUGCAGAGCCCACUGCUGACGGGGCUGCCCAGCCCAAGGGCACCGAGGGCAAUGGCAAGGGCUCGGCGGCCAAGGCCAAGGAGCCCCCGUUUGUCCGAAAGUCUGCCCUGGAACAGCCCGAACCAGGGAAGGCCGGUGCGGACGGGGGCUCCACCACAGCCACGGACCGAUACAACAGCUACAACCGGCCCCGGCCCAAGGCUGCUGCCACCCCCGCCGCCACCACCGGCACCCCCCCUCCAGAGGGCGCGCCCCCCCAGCCCGGCGUGCACAACCUGCCAGUGCCCACCCUCUUCGGGACCGUGAAGCAGGCGCCUAAGACGGGCUCCAGUAGCCCGUUCGCUGGCAACAGCCCCGCCCGAGAGGGCGAGCAGGACGCGGGGUCCCUGAAGGAUGUUUUUAAAGGCUUUGACCCCACCGCCUCCCCCUUUUGCCAGUAGUGUGAGGUCGGGCGGAGCUGUCCCUACACCCACCCUUCCUAGGGCAAUAUUUAAGUGCAGCAUCCAGAGUUGGGAACUUGGGGGGAGGGGGCGCCUGGGUAUUCUUUCUUUACUUUUCCCUCUUUUUCUUUUUUUCUUUUGCUCUAUGCUCUUUCUCGCUCUUGCCCCCCCCCCCCUUUUUUAAGUAAUACUUCCUUUUUAAAACAUAUAAAUUGUAUAUAACCUUCAGUUCUCGUCAGUGCUGCAGGGCUCCGGGCUCCCGCCAAGAAAACCUACUUGUGCACAUGAACAGUUUGCAAGUCACCAGCUGGUGCUCUGCCUGGCCGGCCCAAUUUUCAGGGACUCCUUGAAGACUGGGGGUCCAGGGGGUUUUCUGGACACAGCUUGGCCCCUCCUCCCCCCUCCUUGCAGGACAAAGUAGGUGUUGAGAAGGCCCUGAGCACUGCUUACGUGUUGCAUGAGGAUGCGAGAUGUAGCCGGGACCGAGGCAGGACCCGCUUAGGGGCCAGUGGGGGGCGAAAGAUUAUCCAGGGAAGGAAAGGAGCCCUGGGAGCCGCCCUGGAAGAAACAAAACCCCUUCCUGCCGCAUCGCCUCUGGAUUUGCGCCUGGUCCCUCGCCAGCCUCAGCCCAGAGUUCACCCUGAGCCCGCACCUCAGGCCUCGACCGCAGGCGCCAGGGUGAGAGGAUGGGGCAGGGCCCGUGCUGCUUCCGGGCGGCAGCGCUGCAGAUGGCGUAUUCCGUCAGUAUUAGCCCCUCCUGUCCUGUCCUGUCCUGUCGGCCAUGCCCUUCUCCCCUCGUGCCAGGGGCUGUCCUGCUCCUCAGAAGCCAGAGUGCCCAGUGCUGGCCCUGGUGCCCCUGGGGACGGCUCAAGGAUCCGUGGCAUGGCUGCCCACCAGGCCCCUGAGGAGGAGGCCUGGCUGGUUCUGGGCAGUGUUUCUGUCUCUGCUCCCUUUGCCCCUCUUUGCGCCAUAUCUGUGGGGCCGUGGUCUCGGUGUGUUUGGGUUUCUUCUAAGCGACAGGUGCACAAGUUCAGAGGCAUGUGGGUGUGGGGUUGGUGGGCACUCCCCUAAGAA